CUUGCAGAUCCUGGUAGAAUAAUGAUUAGAUGAGCGACAAGAACCAUACCAAAAACACCGAAAGUCGCUGCUGCAGCUAUUGUCUGCUUCCCCCCAGAGCGACCGGAAAAAAGCUCAAGCGGUGUUCGAGGUGCCACAGGGCGUGGUACCACAAUUCCGAGUGUCAGCGGAACCAUUUUCCUCUUCAUAAGGAAGACUGUCGAAGGUGGUCUGCCGCCCGCAAAGAAAAGUCCAAUGACAUCGGUACCGGYGGUAGAAGAGAGAGAACAUUGACGACGACCACGACGACUACUACCCCUCGUCCGGUGAACAAGAAAUUUGUGGUCCAAUACCGCGAAGGCAGGGGAAAGUGUCUAGUGGCUUUGUCGUCCUCGUCGUCUGGGUCUGAAAAAGGGAUACGAAAGGGAGAACGGAUCGGCGAUCCCGACAAGAAACAAGACUUCUGGGAUCCACUUAUCCCCCCCGUGCUGCUGGGAGAGUAUCGAACGAGCCGCUGUGCCCUUUGUUUCGGUCGCUUACUUCAACCCUACUCGUUUGAUCGAAGCCCGAACCAUCCRCUAUAUCGUCUUUUGUUUUGUUCCGACGCCUGUCGUCGGAUUGCCUCCCGCAUCGGACUAGAACGAGAAGAACGUGAUGCCUGCGGUAUGCUGCAAAGUCCCAGCGGGCGCGGGCCUCCACGCAUCCUUCCGACGGCGAUUCUCCUCUACAGAAUAWUGAUCACAGAACAAAGAACAGAACAACAACAAAAAAGCCAAAAUAGCAACAAAGAUGCGUUKGUUUGGGACCAGGUUUGCGAACUGCAGAGCAAGCCAAAGCGUGGACCUUCUGACAAUCUAGAAGACAACGAAAUGAAUCUCAGCGAUGACAAAUURAUGGCAAGCAAGUAUCAUACACAAGGAGUUAUCGCCACGGCGAUGGGAAUGUUGCAAUGCUCRGAGUCCUCAYUCUCUUCUCAAUAUAGACCGUCAAUGGAGCACCUCAUUGGUAUGGUUCAUCGAAUCAAAGUCAACGGUUUCAGCAUAACCUACGAAGAAGACUUUGAACGAAUUGGAAUUGGUCUUUAUGGCAUUCCAAGUUUUAUGAACCAUUCCUGUCGACCAAAUGCACUCCAAACAUUUUUGUUGCGGCCKGGAAGGCUUCCUUCUCUAUACGUGACGGCCUUUCRGGACAUACCGUCGCAGCAAGAAAUAUGCAUUUCCUACACGGAUACCUCGUGCCCAUCUCAUGUGCGGCAGAAACGACUGGAAGAGGAUUACUGUUUUGUCUGCAACUGCGAAGCGUGCAACAAUACCAGCAACGCACAAGACGAUUGCAAUACCAUGGCCAUUCGGUGCAUGGACUGUUGCAAUCAAUUGUCACCGCCGCCAUGUUCUUUCGUGACUCGCUCAGACAGGGCCGUCGGUCCGAGUAUCCAGCCUGCCUAUCGCUGUACGAGGUGCAACAAAACCGACUUUGAAUCUACGCUCCGACAGUUGCGGGAGUCGGAAGAGGAAAUGGGCAAUGAUAAAAUUUCUAUAGAAAGCAAUCCAACGAAAUUGAAGAAGACCUUCCAAAACCUCAAAAAACUUUGCUACACGGAGUCAUGGUACGUUCAAGAAGCGGGAGAUCAGCUGUUGCAACAUUACAUUGAAAAACUUCCAAUGCUGAGAAAUGAUCCGGAACGGGAGCAACAAACUGCAUGGGCUGCCCUUAACAUCGCCGAAGAACUCCUGGGAGCUGAGUCAUCGUCAGGGCCUAGACCAACUAGUCCUCUCACUACAUCGAUCGAUUUUGGUUSCACUAGCACAUUUUUGAGAUACCAGCACUUGCGGUACAAGAUGGCCAAACUGCGUCUCUUUCUGGUUCCGGAUCCGCAUCGAUCUGUUCAGGAGCUCCAGCAAGUUCUGCGCUCCCUCGAACCGUACUUUUCGGAUGAACACCCGGUCAUCUCGGGGCUGAAAGCCUGUCUGGCAAAUGCUAUGCUGUGACAAGAGGACGGAAGAACUAGCAAAAAACUUGCCUCACGAGUAGUCGGCACCGUAGCAAGUAGUACACGUGUUCGAUCAGAAUCGCCGAGAAGCAGAUGUGUAUAACAUGCCACCACACUCGUAUGGUUUGAAGGACCGCCACAACYGCAAAAUAACAUASCCACACUGUG